AUGAGGUCCACAGCAACAAGGCUUCAACGGUCGAUGCUGUGCCGCGUAGUAAAAACAUACUCCCCUCGCGACGCAGUACCCAACGUACAAAAGCCCGCCGCCGCCAGCGUCACCAGCGCAGAUAAAACGCCGCCAAACAACCCUCCUCGAACUCUAGUCAGCCCCUAUGUGCUCAACCAGCGCAUCGGGAAAUGCCUCGCCUUUGGCUGUGAUGCUGAGCAGACCCACCGCGCGGCCAGUCUUCUGAGAAUCAUCAACAAAGACUGGCGCAAUCUCGAGGCAGCCGUGCAGGGCUUCCACGACCCCAAGAAUUCCGUAUACACCACCCGACUGCGAGCUGGCGAGCCGAGCCAUCGUCCAUGGCGAGGCAUAUCUCAAGUAUCUCCCUUGGUACAAAUCGCCGAGCAGUCAAUCGCCCGAUUCCUCGACCGCAUUCUCAAGACGGCAAAGCCCCAAUAUAGACGAAAGUGGGAGCUUCUUCGUGACAACCACAUCGAUGGAUGCGCACUGUCAAUCACAGAAUGCCUCAACGAACAAUUCCCGAACGGUCGCCCCUUUCCGAGCCGCUCGCUCGAGCCGCAAGUCGUCAGCGCAUACACAAAGUUAAAGUCCAACGAUUAUAACAAAAACGGCACGUUCCGCUUCAAGAUUGUAAUAUUUUCGCACAAGCACUUGAUGAGAAUAGCCGACUUGAACUUGAACUUGAAGCACUACACCCCCCACGGACGACCACUGGGCUGGCUCAGCCAAGAAAUGAAGCGCGUGAGUCUCUUGACCGGCACCGAUGCGGCGUUUAGCUCCGCAUACAACCAUGCAAAAUCUAUCGAGAAAAUGAUCAAGGAUCUGGAGAAGGGCACUUGGAGAAGACCUGACGCUACGGAGGACUUUGGCACGGCCGCGCCCUAG